GUGGCUCGUAUGAAGCAGUACAUUGGCAUUGACCAAACUGAACUGAAAUUGUCACUCAGGGAAUUGGGCCCCUUCAGCAGAGGAGAGGGAAUUGGAAAAAAUUAUGUUUCCUUUUACUGUUUUACAGAAGGAUUGCACCGUACUACGCUGGAGAGUAAACAGAAGAUAAACACCACAGUAGAUCCUAACCCUCACCCAAAGAACAACUGCACAACUGUGAGAAGACAUCCUGUCCCUUGACAGCACUGCUGAACACAGAGAAGUUUAGGCAGUGAAACUGGUUAGGUAAGGGGAGCUUUGACAUAUCAUCAGUCUAGAAGUGGUUAAUGGUGUAUAGCCUUCCAUUACAAUCAGCCUUUCUGAAGGUUCAGCAGUGGGUGAUCAGUCAGGGUGAGGCUGGGAAGAAGUAUGAAUGGACUCUGUAUGGUGAAAGCUUCAAUCAUUCGUCGAGCCUGAGGCUCCACGGGUUCAUAAAAUCUCAUGACAACCAAGUUGCGCUGUUAACGCAAAGACACAUCCAUGGAAGAGAAACCAUUCAAGUGUGCAAUUUGUGCUAAAUCUUUUGUGACUUCUACAAGGCUCCUGGCACACCAGAUGAUUCACACAGGGGAGAAACCCUACAGGUGUGAGGUUUGUGAGAAAGCUUUCACCUCUUCUUCCCAACUGCUGAGGCACCAGAGAAUGCACACAGGGCAGAAACCAUUCACAUGCAAGGUAUGUGAUAAAUCAUUCUCGAUCUUAUCAAACCUACGGGUACACCAACGGAUUCACACAGGAGAGAAACCAUUUGUAUGCGAGGUGUGUGACAAAUCAUUCUCAGACACAUCAACGCUCCGCAGACAUCAACGAAUUCACACGGGUGAGAAACGAUUUGCGUGUGAACUGUGUGACAAAUUGUUCUUGACAUUGUCGCAACUUCGUGUCCACCAACGUGUUCACACUGGGGAGAAACCAUUCAAGUGCAAGGUGUGUGACAGAAAUUUCUCAAGAUCAUCUAACCUCUUGGUCCAUCAGAGGCUGCACACAGGGAAGAAACCAUUCAAGUGUGAGGUGUGUGAUAAAUUAUUCUUGACGUCAUCAAACCUCCGAGUACACCAACACAUCCACACAGGGGAGAAACCAUUCAAGUGCGAGGUGUGUAACAAAUCAUUCUCAACUUCUUCACUCCUCCUUGCACACCACCGCAUUCACACGGGGGAGAAACCAUUCACAUGCGAAGUUUGUGACAAAUCAUUCUCAGAGUCAUCAAACCUCCGUGUACACCAACGUGUUCACACGGGGGAGAAACCUUUCAGGUGUAACGUGUGUGACAAAUCAUUCUCACAGUCAUCGACCCUCUGUCUCCACCAACGAAUUCACACAGGGGAGAAACCAUUCACAUGUGAGGUGUGUGACAAAUCGUUCUCAAAGUCAUCGAAUCUCCUGUACCAUUGGAGAAUUCACACAGGACAGUAACCCUUCAAUUGUAAGGUUUGUGACAAAGCUUUUAUAAUAUCUUCAAUCCUCCUGGA